UUUUUUUUUUAAAAUUUGUUGUGCUUUUUAGUAGCCACCCUCUGUUUUUAAAUUCAUUUUCAUAAUAAUUAGAGCUUGACCAAAAAUACUUUACUUUAGCAAACUUAUUAAAGAAUUAAUAUGCUUAAGAUUUAUAUUUACUCAAAAUAAACCUAGAAGCUUAGAUUUUGGAUAAUUUUAGCUAAAACCUCAUCAUUUUCCCUUAUAUAAAUUCUUGCUAUAAUUUUUUAAUUAAUUAUUUAUUACGUUUUCCCAUUUUGUAUAUAAAAUUUUGCAGCUUUAUGGAGUAUUAAUCUCGGGGUGUUGAAAAAAUGGGGGAAGUUAAAGUUCCAUCAUUGGUUGCCUUAUGCAUAUACUCAAUCAGAGAUGAGCUUAUUAAAGUUGAUAAUGUUGAACUAUCAUCAGUAUUGUAUCAACUACCUACUGAGUUGCUUGAGCAGUUGGCGCAGCAGCUGCCUCCAUUGGCUUUGGAGAAACUACAUAAAGGGAAAUCUGACAUCUUGGAUGAUUAUGAGCUUUUGACUGACGGUGUUGAUAAUAAGAGAAAGCGUAAAAGAUAUCUGAAUUUUGAGGAAGAGUGGAAAAAUCUCUAUGAAGCUCGGUGGCCUCCUUGCUGUCGGUUUUGUAAGAAUUUCAAGAGUAAGUCAUUUACCGGAUCAGCAAAAGGAAAAGAAGUAGAGUGUGAAUCCACAAAUGACUGGCAACAGAUGUACUGGGAAGCACAUUUGCAGAGUUGCCUGGACAAUACAGCAGAGCUUGCUAUAUUCCCAUCUUUUGAUAGUCAGAUUAGUGAAAUAGAAGUUCCAGGUUCAAUCCUUAAGUAUAUUGAUCAUAGGGGACACAUCAGUAGACUCACCUAUGACUAUUCCAAGUUUGCUUAUCACUGCCAACAAUUUGGAGCGUAUGCCAGACACCUGAGAUUGCCAAAUGUUCUGUGUGUGGAAGAAACUUGUCUUUUACUUAGAAAUGCAAGGUUGGAGAGUUUGGACUUACACUGGAUUAAGUCUGAUGAACAUGUCGAGGGGUUAUGCAAACUCAUCAGCCAGAACUAUCGAUCCCUAAAGUCUAUUAAAUUCAUGCAUUGCAAGUUUACAGUUGCUUCCCUUAAUGCAAUUUGUGACUUGCUAUGCAUGCACUCUCCUCAAGCACUUGGAAUACAACAUUUCUCAAUCAAGACAUCAAGCUUCCUAGAGAACGAUUUUCCUACCUUGCCUGCUGGACUGGUAUCUUUGCUAUCAUCAGGGAGGUCCUUGUCUUCAUUAUGCUUAUCAGACAACCAUCUUCCUCGACAUUUUGCGAGGAUGGUUUUUGAUACCCUCGUUGAAGCUUCAUCUAGUAUUAUCGUUCUGGACCUGUCAGAAAACAAUAUCACGGGAUGGCUUUCUCAUUUUAAAUGGAAGAAUAGUAUCACAGAGCCAUCUGGGACAUAUAAUUCAUUGACGUCAUUAAAGGAACUUAAUUUAAGGAACUGCAAUCUACAGACGGAUGAUGUGGAUUGUCUAAGAUAUGCUCUAGUCCACAUACCUAAUCUGGAGCAACUUGAUCUUAGUGACAAUCCUAUUGAGAAUUCUGGAAUCAGGUGUCUAAUCCCCUACUUCAAAGAGAUGUCCCGUAGAGAUUUCCCGCUUGUUGAAUUGAAGUUGGAGAGUUGUGAGCUUACAUACGUUGGAGUUUCUGAACUUCUAGAAACUCUUUCAACUUGGAGAAAACCACUGAAUUCACUCUCUAUUGGAGGCAAUUCUCUUGGCCGGUUCGUAAAAGGGAUGCAAUUAGACGAUUUUCUUCGAUCUCCUGACAUAGGAACACCAUUAGGGAAGUUUAUAUGUGGAGGUAUUCAAGUUCUUGAUAUUGAAGACAUUGGACUAGGUUCUAUAGGCUUUGCGAAAGCAGGCGGGGAGUUGGUAAAGGAAUCAAAGCUCCAGUCCCUCAACAUAAGCAAGAAUCGAGGUGGAACUGAAACUGCAAUAUUUUUGGCGAAGCUUUUCUCUUGUGCCCCAGAUCUUACAACAGUAAAUGCAAAAUACAAUUUUAUGCCAGCAGAAUCUUUGUCAAUACUUUCCAGUGCUGUAAAAGCUACAAAAGGUAAACUGGAGAAAUUGGACUUGAGUGGAAAUGUCCUGUGUGGAGAAGCACUUGAUUUAUCUUUUCUGGCCGAGUUUAAAGUCAACGGAUAUUCUGUUUUGGAACUCUCGCCUCCACGAGCUUUAAAUGAACCUUAUGAUGAUGAUCCUUAGUUGCCCCAGGAUCUGGUUCAGAAAUUGUAUUAACGUUGUUCAAUGUAUGUAUGAAAAACAAUUUGCUACCAUACUAUACUACUUUGUAUUAUUUUCUAUGUAUUGCUGUAUAAUGUUUCGAUCAUCUUUCACGCCA